UGUAUCUUUGCGAAGCCUGUAAUAUCAACAUGUCGAAGCAGGAAAUUAUGUGCUAAAGAAUUGUAUUCAAAUGCAGUUUGGUACAAUCGUAAUUUUACAGUGGAUCUCAGUUUUAUCAAUAAGUGCCUCGAAUAAAGCAACCUAAUGCAAGAAUCUGGCAUUGACCUCGAAUUCGACAUAAACGAUAUCAUAGGAGAAUUUCAACCGAAAGUUUCCUUCUAUGAGAUUCAGUCUCGAACCUUGGACGAUGUCAUAAGAAAGCCUGUUGUAGGUAGAAAUACCGGUACUGAUGCAAUAUUGACCGAGUUGUUAAAACCAAAAGCAAAGGAAAACAAAAUGACAUCAAUGAGUCGUACCCAACAGAAACUUGCCCUUCAACGUGAACAUUUGUUGAAACAAGAGCAGAAAAAGAAGGAACAAGAAAGACAACGGCAACUUGGGCAGAGUUCAGAAAUUACAAUUCCAUUUACACGGCCUACGGAAACCACCGCCAUACCUCCCACGGUUUUAGAUUUCAAAACGAAUCUAGAAAAUCCGACCAAGUAUUAUGUUUAUAAAACCCAAGAAAGGAAACUGAAGGAAUACAUCAACCAACAUGGAAAUUCAUCAUCAUCCUCACAAGGAUAUACUCCACCAACUUCUCAGGCAACUUUAAACGCUAUCAAUAACAUCACACCAUUGCCAUUUGAUGGUUUAAGUAUAUCUGGAGCGACCAAACCUCCAGAUAGUCCAAUGUCUGCUGCCAGUUCAACUGAACCAUCAGAAGUGGAUGAAAUUCUCGACGACAUUAUAAGUCUUGAAGGCGAUAACGCUGUGACCAAUCAAAUGGGUCUUGAAAACGGAUUUGAAUUUUUUGAUUUUGGUGGCACGAAUUCGACUUUACCGAUACCAGGAGCAGCAAGUUUGUCUGACAUGUACAAUGGACGACACGUGACAGGGACAAUAGCAUCAGAUGGUGUUUCGUCAUCAUGUCCACCGAAAAUAAAGCAGGAACCAAGUGAAAGUUGCAGCAACAUGCCAAAGUUUGAUCAUGUUACGUAUUUAAAAGAUCGUCAAAAGAAGGAUAAUCAUAACAUGAUUGAAAGACGACGUCGUUUUAAUAUCAACGAUCGUAUAAAAGAACUUGGUACAAUGAUUCCUAAGCAUGAUACGGAGAUGAAACAGAAUAAGGGGACUAUCUUAAAAUGUACCGUGGAUUAUAUCAGACAUCUUAAAAAAGAAAAUGAUCGUCAGAAAGCCAGCUUGGAAAAGUUUAGAGAGACAGAUGAGUUAAAUUCCAAAUUGUUGUUACGUAUUCAAGAAUUGGAAAUGCAUUGUCGUGCUCAUAAUGUUCCAGUAACACCAUUAACUAAUGAUGCAUCUACUGCUACAUUGUCCUCUUACUUACUUCAAAGAGAAAUAAUUUGCCUCAUUUGUCGAUGAAACCUGAAAAGUAUUCUAGAGGUGACAGUGGCACGUGUUCAUUGAAUGCAGACAGUUUCAAUGAUUCUGCUAAUCGUUAUGCUAGCGAUGAGAAUAGUAUGGAGACAUAAAAUUUGGGUUGAAUCGUGUUGGUGUGACAACAAUGGCUGGAAAAUGCUUGAAAGUCGUACACUAAUGAAACAUGUAGAUGUCACUGAUUAACGUCGUGAUUUUUUCUCCUUUAUUAUAGUUCGGGCUGUAAUUAUGCAUUAUUGUUCAGAAGGAUGAAGGGAGGCUCUGUUGUUUUCUAAUUUUCUUUUUACCUAUAUUUUUAUACAAGAACGUGGGUUCGUCAUUGUUCGUGUGAUAGUGAACACUUAUGAAAAAACUGGAAUCAUGUAUAAUGGAGGUUGAUAAAAUCACCAAGGUGUUUUUACAUACUGUAAUGAAAACGUGCAUGUGUAUAUACACCUUAGGAGCUACGAUCCAAAGAUAAUGAAUAAGAUAAAUAUGUACAUAAGUUGCUGAAUCAACGAAGAGAUCGUUAUUCAUGCAUUGACAUUGGUAUCCUGGGACUUGUUUACAAAGAUUGUUGAUCAAUCUGAUCGUUGACUCUUUUUACCAUGUAAGCCAUGGUUAAAUUUUUCAUUAUGGAUAUAGAAAUUUAACGAAGAGAUUUUGUGCAUGCAAGUGAUUAGCUAUCAAUCAUAUACAAUAAAUGAGUUGAUGAAUGUAUAAGUAGAAGAAUUAUUUGUGAGGAUCAUAUUCUUAUUUUCGAUACUAUAGAGUAUUCUGUAAGAGUUCUUAAUGUUUUUUGAGACGCUGUGAAUACAUUUGUAAACAAUA